CGCCGCUGGGACCCGCCUCGGAGCGAGCCCCGCCCCGCCGCGGGAGCCCAGGUCCCUCCAUGAGAGCUCUCGGCGGGGUCCGGCUCUCAGCUCGGAGCGCUCUCGCUGUCUCCCCCCCCUCUGCCGGAGCAGCAGCAGCCGCCAUAGCAGUUGCAGCCGCCGACGACUAACAUGAGCAAACUGUCGUUCCGGGCCCGGGCGCUGGACGCGUCUAAGCCGCUUCCCGUCUUCCGCUGCGAGGACUUGCCCGACCUGGCCGAGUAUGCCUCGAUCAACCGGGCCGUGCCGCAGAUGCCCACGGGCAUGGAGAAGGAAGAGGAGUCGGAACAUCAUCUCCAGCGGGCCAUUUCAGCACAGCAGGUAUAUGGAGAGAAGCGGGAUAAUAUGGUUAUACCAGUCCCAGAAGCAGAAAGUAAUAUUGCUUAUUAUGAAUCUAUAUACCCUGGAGAAUUUAAGAUGCCAAAGCAGCUUAUUCACAUACAGCCUUUUAGUUUGGAUGCUGAGCAACCAGAUUAUGAUUUGGAUUCAGAAGAUGAGGCCUUUGUGAAUAAGCUGAAGAAAAAAAUAGAUAUUUCUCCUUUGCAGUUUGAAGAAAUGAUAGAUCGACUUGAAAAAGGAAGUGGUCAGCAGCCAGUCAGCCUGCAGGAAGCCAAGCUACUCUUGAAGGAAGAUGAUGAACUGAUUAGAGAAGUAUAUGAGUACUGGAUUAAAAAGAGAAAAAACUGUCGAGGUCCCUCUCUUAUCUCAGCAGUGAAACAGGAGAAGCGUGAUGGUUCCAGCACAAAUGAUCCUUACGUUGCAUUUAGAAGGCGAACAGAAAAGAUGCAGACUCGAAAAAAUCGAAAGAACGAUGAAGCUUCUUAUGAAAAGAUGCUUAAACUGAGGCGGGAUCUGAGUCGUGCAGUAACAAUUCUAGAGAUGAUAAAGAGAAGGGAAAAAAGCAAGAGAGAGUUACUGCAUUUAACGUUGGAAAUUAUGGAAAAGAGAUAUAAUUUGGGCGAUUAUAAUGGAGAGAUCAUGUCUGAAGUAAUGAUACAUCGACAGCCCAUGAAGCCUACCUAUCCUAUUCCUGUUAUUCCUGUUCCUAAUAGCACUCAGUUUAAACACCAAGAAAGUAUGGAAUUGAAGGAAUUUAAAAUAAACAAGCAAGAGAAAGCUGAUGCUAUACGACCGAAGAGAAAAUAUGAGAAGAAGCCCAAAAUUGUACCUUCAUCGGCUGCUAUUGCUACUCAACAGACAACUCCUGCUGCACUGCCAAUCUUUAAUGCUAAAGAUAUGAAUCAAUAUGACUUUCCCAGCUCUGAUGAAGAACCUCUUUCUCAAGUCUUGUCUGGCUCUUCUGAAGCUGAGGAAGAAAAUGAUCCUGAUGGGCCAUUUGCUUUCCGUAGGAAAGCAGGCUGUCAGUAUUAUGCUCCUCAUUUAGACCAAACUGGUGACUGGCCAUGGAAUAGUCCUAAAGGAGAAACAUUAGGAGAUGAACGUUAUAGAUAUUGCUUAACCACCCUUACUGUGCCACAAAGGUGCAUUGGGUUUUCACGUAGACGGGUUGGACGUGGUGGAAGGGUGCUCCUGGACCGAGCAUAUUCAGAGAAAAACAGUGCAUUUUGCCAGCUGGAUUCAGAAAUACUUUCCUCACAACUACACUCUUCAGUCAAUCAAUUUGCCAAUACCUCAGAAACAAAUACCUCGGACAGAUAUUUCUCUAAAGACCUCAGUCAGAUACUAGUCAAUAUCAAAUCAUGUAGAUGGCGGCAUUUUAGGCCUCGGACACCAUCCCUACAUGACAGUGACAGUGAUGAACUUUCCUAUAGGAAAUUACACAGGAGUGUAAAUCGAGCAGGCACAGCACAACCUGGGACCCAGACAUGCAGUACCUCUAUACAAAGUAAAAGUAGCAGUGGUUCAGCACACUUUGCAUUUACAGCCGAACAAUACCAGCAUCAUCAACAGCAACUGGCACUAAUGCAGAAACAGCAGCUUGCACAAAUUCAUCAACAGCAAGCAAAUAGUAAUUCUUCUGCGAACACUUCACAGCAUCUUGCAGCUAAUCAACAGGAAAAUGGCUUUCGCUUGAAUCUCCAUCUUAGCCAUACUCUAGAGUGUUUAGAAGUGAUGCUACAGGGUUUUAUUUCCAAGACAUUGGAUUCUGUCAGUGCUCAGUUUGCUGCUUCAGCCUUGGUUACAUCAGAACAGCUCAUGGGAUUCAAAAUGAAGGAUGAUGUGGUGCUUGGAAUUGGGGUGAAUGGCAUCCUUCAAGCCUCAGGAGUAUAUAAGGGCUUACACUUCAGUAGUACUACGCCUACAGCACUUGUACAUACAAGCUCAUCAACAGCAGGUUCAGCCUUGUUACAGCCUUCAAAUAUAACACAGACUUCAAGUUCCCACAGUGCACUGAGUCACCAAGUAACUGCUGCCAAUUCUGCAACAACUCAGGUUCUGUUUGGGAACAACAUUAGAUUAACUGUGCCCUCAUCUGUUGCCACUGCAAACUCUAUUAAUA